AAGGGUGCGCGCGGCAGGUCGUGAUGGAAACGGGAAUGAGGCGCAUGCCAUUUCGGAUUUUAUAGAUUUAGUUUGGAACCACGAAUUUCUCUUUAUUUUCCUGCAAUUCGAAAUGCACCUCUUUUGUUGUUUGUUGAAGCGCAAAGUUUAAGUUUUUGAUUAUUCCUCGACGAUCGAUCAGCGAAUCAAGUGCGGUUUAGUGAGUGCGGAUUUUCCGGUUGAAAGUUUUCAUUUUCGAAAUAAAAUUGAAGAAAGAAGGAAGAAAAGAAAAAAGAAGUGGGGAAACAGAAGGGUGACAGAGAGAAAUAUAAAGUAUAAACGCAAAAAUAUAUAGGUGUGUAUAUAUACGGUCGUGCCGUUCGCGAAAGCAAGUCGAAAAUGAGCGUGCCUUCUGCUUCCUCCUCGUUCAAGUCGUCUUCUUCGUCUUGAUUCAUUUCGUUUCUACUUUUCGUUACGUUCUUUCUGCCCAGGCGAGUCCCCUAAACUCUCUCUCUCUCUCUUUCAUACAUACAGUGCGUAUCUUUCGCUCUGUCUAGUACGCACGCACGUCGAGCUGUAGUUUUGCAAACGCGCGUUAUAGAGUAGUAAGUAGGUGGUUCGAAUUUUUGAGGACAGAUUUUUUGUGGAGAAUCAGUAUCGAAGAUGGCUUUCGACGAGGACAUCCUGCAGCCGAUCUCCUUGGAGGAUCUGCCGAAGCUGAGAGAUCUGUACAAGGAUCAUAUGCCGUUCGCGACUCACGUGUUCAGCUUUUUCAAUACGAGCAUGAAAUGGAUCAAGAGUAAGCCGGAGGAGAAGUACAUGACGUUCCUUGCACCCUUCGGGGAUUGGAAAUCGGAUGGGACUUUCAUCGUCAUUUUGCAGUCGAACUGCUAUGAUUUGUUCAUGUUCACAUUGGACAACAAAUGUGAGAAACUGUAUAAGGCGCUCAAAGAAACGAAGAAGAUCGACUGGAACAAUAUGAUCCAAUUCUACUUCGUCCAUCGCGAGCAUUGCCCGAUCAUAUACAGGGUGAUCAAGGAGCUGCAGCUCCCUAUCACGUACGACACGAAGACGGAUCUGUGGUGGCUGCCACGGGAGAAAGCACUCAAAUUCCAAAUAGAUUGCCCUCCCGAGGUGUACAUCGGACCUCUGAAGCCUUACCACGCUCCGCUCAUCAAUUCCAUCUGGCCGCACCGAUUCCCCGGCUCCGAGGGAUAUCUCACCACCUUCAUCAAGAUGAACGGCGGCAGAGGACUCUUCCUCAAGAGCAACGAUAAACUCGUCGCCUGGGUCCUGAAAAACCAGCUGGGAACGCUCGUCGUCCUGCAGACGCUGCACGAUUACAAACGCAAGGGAUACGGCAGUCUGGUGACGGCCGCCCUCAGCAGGGAGAUCGCCGAGGAAGGUCACAACGUCAUCGGCACGGUGCUCGUCAAUAAUUCCGCAUCUCAGGCGAUGUUCAAGAAGCUCGGCUUCGACAUCCUCGACUACAGCCGGUUCAUCGGCGUCGACGGCCGCAAACUCUACAACCACUUAUAAAAUUAUUAGUAUUUUCUUUCUUUUUCUUUUUUUUUGUACAAGUUGCGCGCCCCCCUCACGAAGUUAUUCUUUUAACGCUAGAAACAUUCAGAAAACAUAAUUAAAAGGGAUGAACAGAUGAAGAGCGUGUGACUGCGAGUGAAUGUGGUGAACGAGCGAAACAGAUUGAGUGCCCUUCUCGCACAUUAUUCGUGCAUUAGUUUUAUAAUUUUUAGUUGUUUUAUUUCUAAAACUAAUUUAACUUUAAUUAUUUUAUAAUAGUGUGAUUUCUA